UUUUGGAAUUGUCUGUCUUUUCAAAUAAUUGAGCCAGUAGGCUACUAGUACUAGGCGAAGUGACGUUUUUAGAACACGAUAGAGAAAGACAUGAAACUUGAAAGAGCCUGCUGUUCUACGGACAACACUUUGAGUUUGAUGCCCCUAGCCCUGUGCACAAAUGACAAACCCUUGCAUGCCAUGAGUGACAUGAUAAGACUUGUUUACAAUAUUCAGAUUGUGGUUCUGCCCUACACAUACAGUAACAGAUAUGGCAGACACUACGUGCAUGGACUACGAUAUGUCUGACCCUGAAAACGACGAGACAACACAAGAUACACAAGAUGUAUGCAAGAACCUAUUGGAGGAUUUUUCAGUUCCAGCUGCCAAGCUGAUGAGGGAGAGCGUUGCCCACAGCCGUGAGCACAUGCAGGUCUAUCUCAGGAUUCGACCCUUCACCAACAGGGAGAAAGAACAGGGAGAAUCACAGGACUGCAUGGAGGUUUCUCAACCAUCGUCACUCUUGAUGAGAGCUCCCAAGGACAGUUUCACCUUCAAGUCCAGCCAACGUGGCUUCAGCACCAUGACCCACAAGUUUACCUUCAGUCGGAUCUUUGGCGAGGACACCGCCCAGAAGGAGUUCUUUGAUGAGACCAUGCUGGGCACUGUUAAGGAUUUCAUUGAUGGCCAGAACUGUUUGUUGUUCACUUACGGAGUCACUAAUGCUGGAAAGACAUACACAAUACAGGGCGUUCCUCAAGAUGGCGGCAUCUUGCCUCGCUCCUUGGAUGUCAUUUUCAACAGUCUUGAAGGUCGGCUGUUUCCGAGUAUGCAGUUGAAGCCUCGCUUCUUCUGUGAUGUGGUUAAACUUGACGAACGCCAACGCAAAAAAGAAGCGUACAUCAAGGAUUCUGUUCUGUCCUUAGCCGAAGGGAUCUCAACUAAACAGGACGGGACUCGAGACAGCUCUGGGAUGGACGAUGCAGAUGACUCUAGGGCUUCCAAUUACACGACAGCAACUGAAGAUUCUCAGUCAGAAAUAUCAGUUAGCAGUAUUACAGAUGAUGCGAGUGUACCCAGUGUUCUUGAAGAUGUCAACAACCGUAUCCCUGAUGAUACCUCAAUCGAUGUGGAGGCCCAAGGUCCCCUGAAAUUCUCAGUCUGGGUUUCCUUUGCCGAGAUCUACAAUGAGUAUAUCUACGACCUACUGGAAGCCAUCCCAAAGGCCAAGAAAGUGCGCCGUCAACCUCUGAAACUGUCCGAAGAUAAGAACGGGCAAAUAUACAUCAAAGGAUUAAAGGAAAUCUGUGUGCAGAGUGCUGACGAGGCGUACAAAAUUCUCAAGAUUGGUCAGCAGAAUCUUAGUAUUGCUGCCACCAAGUUGAACCAGUGCUCCAGUCGUAGUCACUGCAUCUUCAGUAUCAAGAUCCUGAGGGUUGUCGAUGUUGAGAAUCCACACGUUGCCAGAGUCAGUCAGCUUUCAUUCUGCGAUCUGGCAGGCUCAGAACGAUACACAAGAACCCAAAACACUGGUGACCGUCUGAAAGAAGCUGGCAACAUUAACACGUCACUGUUGACACUUGGGAAGUGCAUUCAUACUCUUCGAUACAAUCAGAACCACCCAAAGUCCCAGCCCAAGAUCAUCCCAUUUCGGGAGAGCAAGCUGACUAGAUUAUUUCAAAGUUUCUUCCUCGGUAAAGGCAAGGCAUCCAUGGUUGUAAAUGUCAACCAAUGUGCCUCUGGAUUCGAUGAGACCAUCCAGGUUCUCAAAUUCUCGGCCAUUGCAAAACAGGUGACUACAGUGACCUCCAAGCUGGACAACAAGUGGAAGGUACCUGCAGCAGCCGGCCCCAAGUUAGUCCCUUCCCGUGCCCUCUCGCUGGCCCUGCGGCAAUCAUUGUCUAGUGGCAGGGUGUCAGUGCCUUGGGCCACACCUGGCCCUCCACCGGACCCCAACCUAGAUCUUACUACAGUGGAAGAGUCGUUCAUUGAAGAGGAAGAUGAAGAUGAGGAGGAGGAUGUGGAGAGGACACCCAAGGAGUCGAUCCUGAAAGGACAGUCUAGAGCUGAAUUGAUUGGCUUGGUAGAGGCCCUUAAGACACAACUCAUUGAGGAGAAGAAGAGAACCAUGAUGUUGGAGGUACAGAUACGAGAGGAAGUCUGUCAGGAGAUGGCUCAGCAGUUGGUCCAGAUUGAAGGAGAAUACAAGGACCAGUUGGAAAAAGAACGCCUCAACACUGAAGAGAUGUUUGAGAAAAGACUGGAAAUGUAUGAGCAGUUUGUCAUGGAUUCACGCAAAAAGCCACAGCCUGAUAACAACAAGGAGGAGGAAUAUGUCUCGAGUCUUCUCCUUCAUGCCGAGCAAGUGAAAGUCCAGGACAAAGAGAAGAUUAUUGAAGGCCUUCGCCAAGAUAUUGCCAUGCUGAAAGAAGCCUUUGAGGAUUCCCAGGACAAAAUGCACUCUCAGGAUGCAAUGCUGGCAGAGCUCCAGGCGCUUACUGAGGCUGAAAAACUGGCCCUGGAGGAGGCAAAGGCUAAGCUCUGUACUAAAGAUGAGAAGAUUCUAGAAAUGGAGGCAGCGCUUCAAAAAUUACAAGAUGCAGCAGCAGCGAGAGAAGAGGAGCAAAGUAAGCGAGUCACAUCGCUAGAGCAGAAGAUAACGGCAGCCAAGCAAGCCCUGCAGGAGGCAGAGAACAACAGCAAGGUAUACCAAGAGAAGCUGUCUGUGGUCCAGCAGAAGCACGCCAACCAGGUCGCACAGCUCCACUCUGAGUUCAAGAUUCUCCAGGAGAGUCUAGAAUCUCACCAGGCCACAUCGAAUGUGGACAAGGAUCUCUCUGGGAAACUUGCUGCAGCCAUCUCCGAAGCAGCCGAGUUGAGAUGCCAGCUGCAGUCCUCAGCUGAGGAACACUCCAGCGUGGUUACUGCUUUGGAUGUGAAAAUGGAGGAGCUUCAGAAUAAGCUGAAUGAAACUGAAGUGGUUAUCCAAGAUUACCAAACAAGUCUCAAAGAGGCAAAGGCCCAGGUUGAAAGGACAGAGGAGAAGCUGCAAAUGACAGAAGUGGGCAAGUCAGAGCUCCAAGAUGAACUCCAGUCCAGGAUAGACGCUCUCCAAAAUGAUUGUAGGGAGCAGGAAAGUAGAGCAACUGGCCUGGCGAAAAAGUUGGGAGAUUCAGAGACAGAAACAAAGAGGGUAAUGGAGAAGCUGAACUCUUCAGAGGUUGCACACUUAGAAGUCGUUACUCGUCUUGAGGACCAGAUUGAACAGUUGAAACAAGAAUUGGUGCUCAAUGCUAAAGAAGAUGAAAUUGAGCUGGGCCAAGCCAAGAAAGAAAAUAAUGAAAUGCAGAAGAAAAUUACCGCCUUGAAAGAAAACUAUGAAAAAGAGGCAGCAGCCUUAGAAGAUUCUCAUGGCAAAGAGAAAGAAACUCUGACUGCAAAACUGAGUUGCUUAGAAGAAAGCAGAUCACAGUCGGAACGGGAGCUGGAGAAGCUUCUUAACGAAGCUAGGCAAGAAGCAGAAGAGACCAAGUCUAAAUUGAACGACCUACAGAUCAAGUAUGACUCAGAGGUAGGGUCCCUUCAGGCUGAAGUCAAGGCUUCCUCCAAGACGCUGGCACGGGUAGACAUUAAGAUUGAAAAGGAGAAACAGAAAAGCUUUGACGCAGAAGAAAAGGCGCUGAGAAUGGAGGAGGAAAUCACAUCACUCAGGGAGAAGAACAAAGAGAUGGAGGAUGUCUUGGCUGACAUGCAGGCCUGCUUCGACCAGACCAACACUAAGGGUCAGGAGGCUGCAGUCCGUGUAGCAACUCUAGAGAACAACCUUGAGUAUCUCAAAGAGGAGAUGUCUGUAGAGCAGAAGGCCCACGUUGAGACCAAGAAGGUGGCAUCUGAGUAUGGCUGCCAGGUUUCCUUACUCCGUUCCCAGCUGGAGACAGCAGAGCGCACUGCCUCAGCCAAUAGCAACCUGGCCAAACGAAUCAAGGACCUAGAGGCCAGCCUGCAAGAGAUGCAGCAGGCCCUUUCAGACAAAGAGAUUGCCCUGGCAGAGGCAUCCAAGUGGCAAGGGAGUGCCAGCGACCUCCGCUCACAGCUGAAGGUAUUGGAUGACAAAUUGAAAGAGACACAAGAAAAGCGAUCAACGGCAGACAAGAUGGUGCAGGAACUGUCCAAUCGAUGCACUGGAUUACAGCAGAGCCUUGCCCAGAAGGAACGAGAACUGGCUGAUCGUGUUUCUAGUGAACAGAAAAGUAAGACAAAGGCAGAUGAAAGCGAGUCCGAAAUCCAACAACUGAAGGACGUGCAGGCUCAAUCGGAGAGAAAGAUACAAGCUGUUGAGAAAGAUCUGGAAGAGCAGAAAGCUAAGACGAAGAGCAAAGCUGAGACCAUCAAGUCAUUGAUGAGUAAGGUGGAGAUGCAGUGUCUUAAAGAGAAGUCUCUUGAGAGAGAUUUAGCCUCCAACAAAGAGGUAAUUGAAGGACUGAAAGCAGCACUUCAGGAACAAGAAACGACAAUGGCUAGCCAGGAUGAGAUACUAGCGUCUAAAGAAGAGGAGCUCCAAUCUGUCACCCAAGAACGGGAGGACCUCCAGACAAAAUACACUGAUUUAUUAAAGUCAUCCAACGAGUCUCGACAAGAAGUACGAAUGGCAAACAAGAACCACGAGCGCUGGAUUACUGAGAAGGAAAAUCUGAAGAAGGAACAGAUUGAGUUGCAGCUGGAGUUGUCCAAGACCGAACAAGAGAGAGAGGAGCUAAAAAUGAAGCUCUCAGAAUCAGAGUCUGACCUAAAGGACUCCAAACAGGCCAUGAGAGACCUGGAGCAAGACUUUGGCAACCUCAGACAACAGAUGCAGGCAGCUCCCAGUCAUCCCGAAGAUUGUCCCGACAAACUCCAAGCCCAAAAGCUGCAGAAGAAGGUCACUGCCUUGGAGCAAGAGAUUAUGAAACAAGUGGCCAGCAAAGAAGAGACGCUUACCAAAUGGCGUGAAGAAAGAGACAGACUUGUCAAGGCCUUGGAACAGAAAAUGAAUUCUCUCCUUGAGGCACAGAAGACAAAUGAAGCGGCUUUAGCCAAAAAACAGGAGCACAUUGAGCUCCUCAAGGCUAAGAUGAUGGCAACUUCAGAGUCUCAGGCCAUCACCGAUGAUGAGAGUGAUGUAGAGGAGCAAGAAAGAACUAAGACAAGAGGGCAGCCUGUCAGUGGAGACCUCCAGAUGGAGGUGCAACAGUUGAGACAACAGUUGCACAAGGAGAAAACAGACAGGGAGAAAGUUGUCGCUGAUUACGAAGAAAGUCUUGAGGUGAAGAGACAUGCCAUCAAAGAGCUGGAAGGUGCCAAUCGUCACCUUCAACAACAGCUUGGACUCAUUGAGGUGAGUGUUGAUGUCAAGCCUCUAUCUCCCAGCCAUUCAGAGUCUUCCACUGCCAGGUUGUCAGCCCGGUCCCCAUCCCCCCAGCCUGACCCAGACUCCCCAGACCUGUUUACCGUGGACGUCAAAGACCAGGAGAGUUUCCACCAACCUGGCCGGCGUCGCACACGCGUGGAGAUGGAUGUGACACCACUACAGAAGAAACAGCCAACUCGCAAGACAAGGGCCAAUACACGAAAAGCCAAGAAGAGAAAGAGCACAGAGCUCCUGGAGGAAAUUGAUAUUGAAGCUUUCCAGAAACGAAGUCGAGCUGAAGAACAGAGCACAGCAAGAGCUACUCGCAGUACGCGUCGACGAAUGACGAGAGCCAACAAAGAGAAAGAAGUGCACGAUAACAAUGAAAAUACCCUGGACAACAAAUUGGCUGAGAUGCCUUCCACCAACAGCCGAGGGAAGAGGGCAGCCUUGUCAAAGAUUGGUGACCUCCUGCAAAACACUCCACUCGCAAAAUCAGCCACCUCUAAAUCCUCCUCAUCUCAUCCCCAACCUCCAGCCAAAAAGUUUGUGGAGUCAGCCGCCACCCACAUGACAUCUCCAGCUAAAUCUCCGGAGGUGGAGGUGGUUGCUUGUUACCCACCGCCCACCACGGAGAAAAAACGUAAGAGACGACUGCUGAAGACUGAUAUCUCAGCUCCAUUUGCGAGUUCACCAUUUGAGGUGGUGAAUGUCGGAGAAUCCAAGAGUGAUAACUCCCACAGUAUCGUCACACGUAAGCUGAGAUCCCGCAACACAAGAGUGUGAA